AGAAUAGAGAUUAAACACGCAGUACAAUAACAUUUAUAACGGCUUUAUUUCAUUAUCUAUCCACUUUCCCUCACUGAAACCCUAUAAACGUUCUAUUUCACUACAGCAUGGUACACUCGUUAUUCACUUUCAUGCUCAUUUCAGUCUGCUGUACAGUCAGUGUGUUCGGGUCUGAAUCCUCACAGAAUGAAAUCCUGCUGAAAGAAGGUGUUGAAGAUAAAGUAUAUGAAGAUCCAAAGCUUCUCCAUGAUCAGAUUAAAUACAACAUGCGUAAAUCUCCAGAUCUGGACGAGGAGGGCUGUUAUCUCCAGCCGGGACGGCGUGAGGGGCUGCAGGAGUGUGGCUUUAACGCUACAGCCAGAACCAUCCUCAUCAUCCACGGCUGGACGAUCGGUGGAAUUUUUGAGAGCUGGAUGUAUAAGCUGGUAUCGGCGGUGGUACAGAGAGAGUCACAGGCUAAUGUGAUCGUGGUGGACUGGCUCGGUUUGGCUCACCAGCUUUACCCCGACGCUGUCAAUCACACACGCAGGGUCGGACUCAGCAUCGCCACGCUGCUCGACUGGUUACAGGAUGAGCAGCAGCUUUCUAUGAAGAACGUUCACCUGAUUGGUUACAGUCUGGGUGCUCAUGUAGCGGGAUACGCUGGAACGUUCCUGCAAGGCACCGUGGGCCGAAUCACAGGUUUGGACCCCGCAGGUCCCAUGUUCGAGGGGGCCGAGCCUCAUAAGCGCCUCUCUCCGGACGAUGCAGAGUUUGUAGACGUUUUGCACACGUACACGCGUGAGGCUCUGGGCGUUAGCAUCGGCAUCCAGCAGCCCAUCGGCCACAUCGACAUCUAUCCUAACGGAGGAGACGUCCAGCCUGGCUGUGCUCUCGGGGACGUCCUGUCCUCCGCCGCUUCAGGAAACUUCAUGGAGGUGAUGAAGUGUGAGCAUGAGCGGGCGGUGCACCUGUUCGUGGACUCUCUGAUGGAUAAGGACCACGUCAGCUUUGCGUAUCAGUGUACCGGUCCGGACCGCUUUAAUAAAGGAAUCUGUCUGAGCUGCAGGAAGAACCGCUGCAACAACAUCGGCUACAACACCAAGAAAGUACGACAGAGGAGGAACAGCAAGAUGUACCUGAAAACCCGCGCAGACACGCCCUUCGCUGGUUUUCACUAUCAGAUGAAGAUGCACGUCUUUAACAGGAAGAACGCCGACGACGCAGAUCCUGCAUUUUACGUGAAACUGUUCGGUUCCCAUAACGACACCAACCAGCUCAGUGUAGACAUUGCUGAUGGAGUGGGUCUGAACCACACCAACACGUUCCUGGUCUUCACUGAGGAGGAGAUCGGUGAUGUGUUGAGGAUCGAGCUGAGUUGGGAGAGUCCCUCCCAGUCUGUAUCUGCUCUGUGGAGACACUUCAAGUCUUACUGGUCCAGUUCAUCCAGUAACAAAACCCUGCAGGUCCGACGCAUCCGGGUCAAGAGCGGAGAGUCACAGAAGAAGUUUACGUUCUGUGCUGAAGACGAGUCUCAGACAGAGAUCACACCAGGAGAACAAAUCAACUUCAUUAAAUGUCGUGACGGCUGGGAGGUCAAACCCAGAAAACGGAUUCCGAUGUGAGGAGUUGGACUCAAAUCACUCAUAUUUGUGGGAAUUUGGGACGUGACCGCACUCCAGAACCUGAGCACCUUCAUCUGGAUUUAUGUUGUUUAUUUUAUUGUUGGGAUGCUGUGGUACGUGUGUGUGUGUGUGUGUGUGUGUGUGUGUGUGUGUGUGUGUGUGUGUGUGUGUGUGUGUGUGUGUGUGUGUGUGUGUGUGUGUGUGUGUGUGUGUGUGUGUGUGUGUGUGUGUGUGUGUGUGUGUGUGUGUGUGUGUGUGUGUGUGUGUGUGGAGUUAAUGUGCACAGGUGUAUUUAUUUCUGAUGAUUUAUUUAAAGAGCCUGUUACUCUUACCAACAGUACUGAGGUGUGUGUGUCAGUAGGUGUGUUUAUUAUUUAUGAAGAACUGCUGUUAAACUAAACAUUGUUAUUUAUCAGUAAUAUUUCAUACACACUUCGUACUGCUGAGUGAGUGUAUGUGUGUGUGUUGGGUGUGAAUAUUUUUUUUUACGUGUGUGUGAUCUGGUGUUUUUACAGUGUUAAGAUAUUAAUGGGAUUUUCAUGUAAAAUCAUUACAGAUGCUGUAAAUACUGUAUUUAAAAAAAAAUGAAAUAAAUGAUUUUGUUAAUAAA